AUGACCCCCUGCCUUAGAAAAAAAGAGUUAUCGCCACUAUCUUCACGUGACUCCAACUUUCCAUCGGGUCCCUCCGACGAAGAAAAGGACCGUUCUAUACCUCUUCCCGCAACACCUAGGAAUGCUAUGAUCAGAACUUUCCGCAAGACAAUGGCAACCCUCGCAACCGCAACUGCAACCGCCCCCGCGCCGGCCGUUGUGCCGCGCGUGCCCAUCCCCGCCAACGGCGUCGACUACCGUAACAAAAUCGUCCUCGCCCCAAUGGUUCGAUCAGGCGAACUACCCUCACGCCUGCUGGCGCUGAAAUACGGCGCCGACCUCGUCUGGGGGCCUGAAACAGUCGACCGCUCGAUGAUCGGCGUCGAGCGACGCGUGAACCCGCGAAACGGCACAAUCGAAUUCACCCGCAUGCCCAGCAACGGCGGACGCCCUAACAAACCAAUCAAAGAAUCAAUCAUCUACCGCAUCGACCCAGCGCGCGAAAAAGGCCGACUAAUCUUUCAAAUCGGCACAGCCAAUCCAGACCUAGCAGUACAAGCGGCGCGCGUCGUGGCCGCCGACGUCUCAGGCAUCGACCUCAACUCCGGCUGCCCGAAACCCUUCUCCACAAGCGGCGGAAUGGGCGCCGCCCUCCUGCGCACCCCCGACCUUCUUGUCUCCAUCCUGGAAGCCCUCGUCAAGGAAGUGGGCGAACCCUUCCAAAUCGGCAUCUCGGUCAAGAUCCGCAUCCUCUCUAAGCCCGAAGAAACAGAGGCCCUCGUCUCCCGCCUCGUGAAAACAGGCAUCACAGGCUUGACUGUGCACUGUCGCACGACUCCUAUGCGGCCACGCGAACGCGCAAUCCGCGACCAGCUCCCUAUGGUAGCGCGCAUUUGCCACGACGCCGGCGUGGCGUGCGUGAUGAACGGCGAUGUGACAUCGCGCGACCAGGGGCUCGCGCUGAUGGCCGAGUACGGCGUUGGUGGGGCGAUGAUCGCGACCUCCGCGGAAAACAACUCGUCUUGUUUCCGGGCUAAGGAGGGUGGCGGCAUCGCGCCGUGGCGGGAAGUCGUCUACGAGUACUUGUGCUUCUGUAUGGAGUCGGAGAAUCGUCUGGGCAAUACCAAGUACCUGCUCAAUAUACUAAUCCCCGGCAAGGACAAGGAGUUCAAGGAUGCAAAGCUGUCCAAGACGUAUCUUGAUAUCUGCCGCGUAUUGAAAUUCGAUGAUUUGUUUUCUGCUGCUGCACGUGUUGAUCAGAUACUCGGUCUGGAUGAUAAGUGGGAGAGUGCACCCAGUGUGACCGAUACGAAAACCCAGUCUGAGUCUAAGUCUAAGGCUGUGCAGAAUGCUAUGGAGUCCGAAGCUGCUCGUGCGGCUGGCGGCGGUGCUGUCCGGACUAAGACGCCCGCGCCUGCUGUCCAUGGGGGUGGUCCCAUUCGGCGGUCUUCUGCUCCUCAGCCGGCUAAGGUUACUCAAGUUGAUGCUGAGCAGCCAGUUGUUGAGGCUACUAUUCCCGCUGCACAGAAUCAGGCUCCGUCUCAGCUGACGGCCUGA